CGCUCGUCAGUCAGUCAGAGCAGCGUUUCUUCUCGGUUUGCUGUAGUAAUGGACGGGAAGUGCAGCGCGUUGAAACUGAAGAAAUAAAUAAUGAGGCGUUCAAAACUCUUAACGUUGCAAGCUGUAAAUUUUAGUCUCACAUCUUCAGUCCUUGCUGCAGGUUUGAGCCUCUGCUGAGUGUAAAUAUUGUACGCGUUGUCAGGAGAAGCGGGAGCUGUGGUAAAUCUCCAGCUCAUCAUCAUCAUCAUCAGCUGCAAAAACAGAACAGCAUUUCCCCAUGAAGAUGGACAAGAUGAGCAAAACACGCAGUCAGUGAUCAGUCUGGAGGAGAUUUACAAGUGACAUUAUGAAUCUUCUCCGUCUCGUGUGUCGCCAUAAGACAGCGCUGGCUCUCGGCGUCCUCCUUCUGUUCGCCGUCGUGCUUUUAUUCCUCGCCAAAUGUACAUCAGAGACGCUGAAGCCGGCUGAGUCUCCAGGAGCGGCUCCGCAAGCAGAGUCCCACCAGAAGCCGCCGGCGGGGCCCGCUCGUCCUAAAGAGCUCUCGGCGUUCCUGGUCAUCCUCAUCACCACCGGACCCAAAUACACAGAGCGGCGCAGUAUUAUCCGCAGCACAUGGCUGACCAAACACGACCCCGAGGUGCUCUACUGGUUCGUAAUCGGCACCGAGGGAUUACCAGCUGAAGAUCUGCAAAAUCUGGCAACCGAACAAAUCCGUCACCAUGACCUCCUCCUGCUCCCUGACCUCCGGGAUUCAUACGAAAACCUGACGCAGAAGCUGCUCCACAUGUACUCAUGGCUGGACCAAAACGUGGAGUUUAAAUUCGUACUAAAGGCCGACGAUGACACUUUCGCACGCUUGGAUCUUCUGAAGGAAGAGUUGAAAGUCAAGGAACCCAAGGAGCGUCUUUACUGGGGGUUUUUUUCUGGGCGAGGAAGAGUGAAAACUGCGGGAAAGUGGAAGGAAAGUGCGUGGGAGUUGUGCGAUUAUUACUUACCCUACGCUUUAGGUGGCGGAUAUGUGCUGUCUGCGGAUCUCGUGCGGUAUAUUCGUCUGAACGUGGGAUUUUUGAAGAUCUGGCAGAGCGAGGACGUGUCUUUGGGAGCGUGGUUGGCUCCGGUGGAUGUGAAGCGGCUUCACGAUCCGCGCUUCGACACGGAGUACAAGUCUCGCGGAUGCAGCAAUAAAUAUCUGGUCACUCACAAGCAGAGUUUGGAGGACAUGCUGGAGAAACACCAGACACUGCAGAGAGACGGACGCUUGUGCAAAGAGGAGGUCAAAUUGCGGUUGUCUUAUAUCUACGACUGGAGCGUCCCGCCGUCGCAGUGCUGCCAGCGGAAAGAUGGCAUCCCGUGACUCUUCACACCCAGCGUCUUAUGCAUUUCUUUCUUCCAUGUGAUAUUUAUUUAUUUAUUUAUUAUCAAUGUUGUGCGUCAGCCCGCAAUAGCAUUACGUAACCUUUUUAAAAAUGCCUUUUAAGUGAGAUUGAUGGGAGGUUUGUGUUGCAGGAAAGCUGCUCUUAUGGAAGUUUAAUGCAGUUAGUUUGGGAACGUGUGGAAGCUGAUUGCCUUAAAUGGUUCGUUCACUCAAACGUGUAAAUUAGCCUAUGAAUUACGCAUCCUUGGUGCGCAUCCUCGGUGUAUAUGACUGUUCAUCUGUUUCUUGACUGUCUUCUUUCAGUCGAAUCCAAUGUGAGUUAUUACAGAAAUAUGAUCUUGUGCUUUCCCAGCUCUACAAUGGCAAAGUGCCUCAUGUUUGGGUGAUUAAAGGUCUCCUGUGGUGAAUUGAUGGAUUUUUGCGUAAGAAUUUCUGUUUUAACGUUAUAAACUUACUAAAUGAGAGACUACCUUUCCGGCAGAUGAUGUAGAAUGUAUUAAAGUUGUGGUCAUUUAAUAAAUUAACAAGUUUUUACCAGCAGAUGGUGCUCUAGACUAGUGUUUAACAGCAGAUGGUGCUCUAGGCUAGUUUUUAA